AUGGCAGCAAAUACUCGCUACCAGGCCGCUCCUCAGCGCGACUCGUUCGAGGAUGCUCAGUACGCUCACCCUCCACCUUCAUAUGAUGCUACCGCUGAAGCGCCGCGGUCUGAGGAUGAUAAUGUUCCUGAUGACUUUAAGUUUGGCGGAACCGUUGCAGAGGGUACGCUUCCUAUCCGGAUGCAGUUCAUUCGGAAGGUGUAUUCCAUCUUGACCGUGCAGAUCCUCUUAACCACUGUCCUCAGCGGCAUCUCCUUCUUCAGCGAUUCCUACCGCAGGUGGAUCCAGGGCAACUUCUGGCUCAUGAUUGUUUCUCUCUUCGGCGCAAUCGCAUUCAUGUUCCUGACGUAUUGGAAACGCAAAUCCUACCCCACUAACCUUUUGUUUCUUUCCGGCUUCACCGCUCUAGAAGCCUACUCCAUCAGCGUCGUGACCUCCUACUACGACGCGCACAUCGUCGUACAAGCCCUCAUCAUCACGCUUGGAAUCUUCGUCGCCUUGACUUUGUUUGCAUGCCAGACCAAAUACGAUUUCACGCACUGGAUGCCCUACCUGUUUGGCGCAUUGUGGCUGCUCAUAAUCUUCGGGUUCAUGGCGGCUUUCUUCCCGUACAACAGCGGCAUGGAGCUCGUUUAUGGCGGUGUUUCUGCGCUGAUUUUCUCGGGAUACGUCCUCGUUGAUACGCAACUUAUUAUGCGCCACUAUCACGUUGAGGAGGAAAUUGCCGCCGCGAUUUCGUUGUAUUUGGAUAUUAUUAAUUUGUUCUUGAGUAUUUUGCGAAUUUUGAACUCGCAGAACAAUAACUAG